AUGGCUUCAAAUGGUAACAUGUUGCAACCCCAACUUCCAAGGUUUAGCGGAAAGAAUUUUAAUCAAUGGAGUAUUCAAAUGAAAGUGUUACAUGGCUCUCAAGAAUUGUGGGAUAUAGUUGAAAGAGGAUACACUGAAGUUGAGAAUCAGAGUGAGCUCACAAAUCAACAACUUGUUGAGUUAAGAGAAAAUCGUAAGAAAGACAAAAAGGCUUUAUUCUUCAUUUAUCAAGCUGUUGAUGAAUUUAUUUUCGAGAGAAUUUCAACAGCUACUUCUGCAAAGGCGGCUUGGGAUAUUCUAAGAUCUACCUAUCAAGGAGAAGAUAAGGUAAAGAUGAUAAGGUUACAAGCUCUCAGAUCCGAAUUUGAUUGCAUUAAAAUGAAAGAAACUGAAACUAUUGAAGAAUUUUUCAAUCGUAUUCUUGUAAUUGUCAAUAGUUUAAGAUCAAAUGGUGAAGAAGUAGGCGAUCAAAGAGUUGUUGAAAAGAUUCUUAGAAGUAUGCCAAGAAAAUUUGAGCAUAUCGUCGUUGCAAUUGAAGAAUCGAAAGACUUAUCUACGUUGUCUAUAAAUAGCUUGAUGGGUUCUCUUCAAUCCCAUGAGCUAAGAUUAAAACAAUUUGAUGUUAACCCCGAGGAAGGUUUUCAAAUGCAAACUUCAUUUAGAGGCGGUUCACAUGGAAGACGUGGUGGUCAUGGAAGACGAGGAGGUGGAAGAAACUAUGAUAAUAGAAGCGGUGCAAAUUCUUAA